AUGGAGUGGACAGGACACGAAUGUCCCGUUUGGCCAGAGGAAGACUCGUCUGCGAGAGGAUUGAACCAUGUGUCUCAUGAGCAGUCUCCAUCAUCAUCACUCUGUCAUAGUGCCAUGACUUCCCACUGUCAGAGCCAGCAGCACGGUGUAAAGGCCUCCAUCCUGUCUGGUUGGACACUUGCUGAAGCCCAGGAUCAAUUGUGUUCUCUGGAGGUCCACAGCUCGGAGUCAGUGGAGCAGGAAAGAGCUCGGACUAGAGCCUGUCCUGCUGACCUGUCAAAUACAGAGCAGGAAUGGCAACGCAAGGAGAGUAUGUUGGGCAGUCCUGAGUCAAGCUGCAGCCCUGUCCUGGGAGCCUCAGCGAGCUGGGAUGUUUUUAACAGGAGUAUUAUCAAUCUCCAAUAUCCAAGUCAGCCUUCUGACCUGGAACGAGACGACUGCAAAACGGUUAUCCCAAAAUAUGAACAAGAGCUUAGACAUUUUGGAAUGUUGCGCAGAUGGGAUGAUAGCCAGCGUUUUCUUUCAGACAUGCCUCAACUUAUUUGUGAAGAAACGGCAAACUAUUUAAGUCUGUGGUGCAUCACUUUACAACAGGAAGGGAAAGAAGCACUGAUGACACAAGUAGCUCACCAAGCAGUGGUUAUGCAGUUCAUCCUGGAGAUGGCAUCAAACUCUAAGCAGGACCCACGAGGCUGCUUUAGACACUUUUUUCGUAAAGCCAAAGAAGGAAGUAGUGUUUACCAAGAAGUCUUCCUCUCAGAGUUGGAGGCCUUUAAAGUUCAAAUUAAGGAUUACGUAUUCAAGUGUAAGGAAAACUCCCAAGACAGCGGAGGGCGGGAGAAAAGUGACCCACAAGACUCUUUACCUUUGGCAAAAUGUUCUAUGAAACAUGGACUUAGGACAAAUUCUGUCCGAUUGACAAAAGAGGACAAAGCAGAAACUGAGGACAUCCUCAUGAUGGAAACGUCGUAA